AUGUCUAGUACUCAUCUCUCUGUCCUCGAAGCCAGUGCAUCGCGGUUCUCCUCGCGCCCAGUAUUCCGCACUCCUCGAGUCGACCCCACUACAAGUCGCAUUAUCGAGUGGCAGUCCAUCACAUAUCGUCAGUUUCUUCUCGAUGUCGAAUCCUUCGCUCGACAUUGGUCCAUGACGUUGGGUCGCGACGGGAUUCCCCAGCGAUCCGUCAUUGGGUUGUGGAUCGGUGGAUUCACUUACAUCGACGUCCUACACAUAUACGGCAUUUCAAGAGCGGGCUACAUCCCCCAGAUGUUCAGUCUACGCCUUCCCAACCCAGACGUAAUCUUUGAAUUGCUCCACCGCGCCAAUGCCAAGGCUCUCAUCUUCGAUUCUUCCUUUCAAGACGUCUUGAAAAACCAUACUUCCCUUCCUAUACAUCUUGCCCUUAAUACUGUCGAAGCAGCCAUUACGGCAGGUCCAUUGCCGACCCUGCCCCACUGCGCACCUGAUGAUAUCGCCUUGAUGUUCCACACUAGCGGAUCCACAUCCGGUAGUCCGAAGCUUGUUCCUUGUACGUUCAGAUGGAUGAACGCUACCGUUCACAAGUCUAGCCAGAUAUCCAAACCAUUCAGGCCAGACCGCCAAGACGUCACCACUUGGAUGGGAAGCAUGUGUCAUAUUGGCCAAUCAUUCAUGUUAAUUGGUACCCUACAACAUGGUUCAUGUGUUAUCCAGCCGACAGUGAUAGCCUUCUCCCCUGAAGAGCUAGUAGACAUGAUCCAUCGGUGUCAUCUUAACCGGCUGCAACAGUUUGGUGCCUUCUCAGCCAUGAACCUUCGUGCCUCUCGACAUGACACCAAGCUUUUGUCACUCCUCGCUGGUCUUGACGAAGUUUUGUACACGGGUAUGCCCCUGCCGAGAGAAGAAGAAGAAUGGGCCUAUCACAAUGGUCUCCCCAUCCGAAACCUGUUUGGAAGCACCGAGUGCGGAGCAACGCUCAUCUCAGUCGGUGGAUGCGAUCCCAGUGCACCACUUCUUCGCCACCUUGAGGGGGUGUCGUACAGUUUCGUGCCUAUCCAACCUGAACAAAAUGAAGCCGGCCAUCAGUCCACCGCAAGAAUGCUGGAAUUCAUAAUUCGGGCAGAAUCCGGGGAUUGCCCCCAUCCUUCACUCCGGAGCGCCGAUGGUCACUUCCACACCGGAGAUCUAUUCCAAGAAGCUGCCCCCGGCUUGUAUGUCUUCCGUGGUAGGGAUGAUGACUGGAUAAAGUCGGAGAAUAGUUUACGAUGCGACACCAAAGCCAUCGAAGACAAUGUUCGGGCUACUUGUGCAGGCCUUGUCUCUGACUGUAUUGUGGUCGGGACCGGUCGGCCAUCACCCGUCCUUUUUGUCGAACCCGCUGGUGACAUCGACUCUUCCAGACUGAAGAAAGAAAUCAUUCGCAAGACGAGGCACUUCCAUUCUCGCCGAUACCUGCAUGAGCGGAUUAGCUCCCCGAAUAUGAUUAUCGUCGUACCUCGGCAAACACUACCCCGAACGGCGACCAAGGGUAAUAUUAGACGUCAAGAAGUCGAGACUCGUUACAAAGUAGAACUCGAUCAAGUGUACGGUCUUGUGCGAUAG